AUGGUAACGCAGGCCUUCAGAAAGUUCUUGCCUCUGUUCGACCGGGUUCUGGUGGAGCGUCUGACGGCGGAGACGGUCACCAAAGGUGGCAUCAUGCUCCCCGAGAAGUCCCAAGGCAAAGUGCUGCAGGCCACCGUGGUGGCGGUCGGACCCGGAGCCGUCAACCAGGACUUCUAUAACUGGCCGGAUGAGUCGUUUGAGGAGAUGGACAGCACGCUAGCUGUGCAGCAGUACAUUCAGCAGAACAUCCGUUCUGAUUGUUCCAACAUUGAUAAGAUUCUGGAGCCUCCAGAAGGUCAGGAUGAGGGCGUGUGGAAGUACGAGCACCUGCGGCAGUUCUGUUUGGAGCUGAAUGGAUUAGCUGUGAAGCUGCAGAGUGAGUGUCACCCUGACACCUGCACCCAGAUGACGGCCACAGAGCAGUGGAUCUUCUUAUGUGCUGCCCACAAGACGCCCAAAGAGUGUCCUGCCAUCGACUACACCAGGCACACGCUGGACGGAGCUGCCUGUCUCCUCAACAGUAACAAGUACUUCCCCAGCAGGGUGAGCAUCAAAGAGUCGUCUGUUGCCAAGCUGGGCUCCGUCUGUCGCCGGAUCUACAGGAUAUUCUCUCACGCCUACUUCCACCACCGCCAGAUCUUUGACAAGUACGAGAACGAGACGUUCCUGUGUCACCGCUUCACACGCUUCGUCAUGAAGUACAACCUGAUGUCCAAGGACAACCUGAUCGUCCCCAUCCUGGAGGAGGAGGUGCAGAACACCUCGUCGGCCGGGGAGAGCGAGGCCUGAGCCUCCGGCGCCGUCCACAGGAGGCGACAUCGCCCCUUCAUGCACAGGAGGGGGACUACUCGCAGACCGAGGGGACGGCUCCGGGGUCUGUGCAGUAAUUCCUCUUCUGUGCGUUCAGUUAAAGCGAGGUUCUCAUCUGCAGCGUCUGGACGGUUUGAGACAAGCCUUCAGCGCUCCGCAGGAAGACAGGAAAUUGAGAAAAUCUAUUAAAAUAAAAAGUCAAAGUUGAAACUUUGGAGACGUUAGCUUAACUGGAAAUGGGUUUGCGCCUCCUGUGGACGUUUGAGGCAGCUGGAUUAGCAGCUGUAACCAUGGUGACACCCCCCUCCCCUCUGUAAAUAGCCCGUCACGCUCUCCGAUGGUGCUUCACCGACUCGUGUUGGCUUCUGUUCUUUUGGCUCAUGUUGGUUUCCGGAGCGUCUCCUGAGACGGAUCACCGUAUUAGCCCGCAGACGUUAACAUGCUAAUUAAAUUGUGUGGUAGUGAACAAAGAAAAACGUUUAAUCUUUAGCUUUGUACAUGUUCUAGCAGUCGGACCUCCUCGGCUAACUCGGUUCCUUAUUCGUGACGUUUCACCACGUACCAGGUGUCCCAUGUUCCCGAGCAUCGGACACUUUGAGCACCUCCUCCUCGGCCCCUCCCCCCAUUAAGUUAUUUUGUGGGAGGAGCCUUCUUCUCAGUCCAGCCCACUUCUUUUUUUUUUUUAAAUGAACUAAAAAAAAAUUUUGUUACUGUCGACAUUUUCAUGAUGUCUGUUAAUAAAAAAAGACCUGUUAUAUUCA